AUGUCUGGCAGAGGCAAAGGAGGCAAAGGUCUUGGAAAAGGAGGCGCUAAGCGUCACCGCAAAGUUCUUCGUGAUAACAUCCAGGGGAUCACCAAGCCUGCAAUCAGGCGUCUGGCUCGCCGUGGUGGUGUGAAGCGUAUCUCUGGUCUCAUCUACGAGGAGACUCGUGGUGUGUUGAAGGUUUUCCUGGAGAACGUGAUUCGUGAUGCCGUCACCUACACCGAACACGCCAAGAGAAAGACCGUAACCGCUAUGGACGUCGUUUAUGCUCUGAAACGCCAGGGUCGUACUCUGUACGGUUUUGGUGGUUAAAGAUCAGAUCUCUUCAUCGAUUUAUACUCAAAAGGCUCUUUUAAGAGCCGCCCAAUUCCUUAUAAAAUGAUAUAUUCCAUGUAGGGUAAUUUGUAUUAUAAACUUACUAUUAAUGCCCCACUUCCAUACAAUGACACACUGCUACAUGAUUUGGGCUGUAGGGCAC